AUGCUGCUGGAGCCACGCCCCCUCCAGUGCUAUAAAUGCCUGGAGGUAGGGCACGUACAGCAGCGCUGCCCCAACCAGACGAAUCGCGGCGACCGGUGCUACCGCUGUGGCGGCACUGGUCACGGCGCCAGGAACUGCCCCGCUGAGGCCCCUCACUGCCCGCUCUGCACGGACUUGGGGAGGCCCGCGGGGCAUCGCCUGGGCGGUCCGGCCUGCGCCCGCAAUCAUAGCGGGCGCAAAAAUAAAUGGGGAAGGGCAGCGGUGGAGGGGUCGGGGACACCUAGUGCCCCCGUUACACCCACCCCGCAGCCCCAACACCCCUCGACGCAGGCGGAUGAGCGCGGCGCUGCCCCGGAGGAGACUCCAAAGGAGCAGCGCCUCCCUAAACGACCCCGUGCAGACCCCAGGGCAAUAGGAGGAGCGAAGGCGACUGCCGGGGGUGUGGCCUCUCCGGCACCAACGCCAACGUCCGAGAAGACGGGGGAGAAGGGUUCGUCCCCUCCCCCCACCGAGGGAGCUGCAUUUGGGGCGCACGAUGCCGCCCCACCCACCGAGAAGGCUGACCUAGAGGAGGUUGUAAUGGCCGACCAGUAA